AUUUCUAUGGUACUAGGACAAUAUCUGUUUAAUAUCGAUAAGUCUGUCCUUUCAGAUUGAUCGGGGGCCAAAUACACAGUAUAAAACUCUUAAGGAGGACAUGCACGUGGAUGAAGUACUAGAGUUGAAAGUACGAAAAGAGAAAGGCAUCAACAUCACCACCCGACAGCCAUCACCACCACUAUUAAGGCUAUUGCAACUACUACAACCACCGCAAGGCUCUUUUCGCCUCCUCCAUUCACCUCCUCCUGACCCCUCUUCUCCUGUUACCAACAACGUACCACGCUACCACCUCUUUCCACCCACACCCCUGCUCUUGCUGCUGCUGCUGCUGGCGCUACGCAUCACUCCGGUCAACCUCAUUUACCCGCCGUAGAAGCGACAUUCCCCACGACCGGACCGGGGGCGCAGUCACCGUCGGCCUUCAUUACAG